AUGGCAUUUUGGGAAUGGUUUUAUGCCUUGGAUGUGUUAAAAUGGUGCAUCGUAUCGAAUUUCUUGGAUACGGAGUAUUGUCCGAAAAAAGAAGUAGAGAUUGGAGUAUCGAUGAAUGGUUGGUUAAUUGAAGAAUGGUGGCACGGAAAAUGCUCCAGAAGAAGAAACCAAACUUCAUAUAUUAUACCGGUACAUUUGACCAUUGCCAGCCCUUCUCCGCAUUAUCAAAGAGGCCCAUGGAUGAGAGGAUGGCUUAAAGAGAUAAAGGAUUGGGCAAAAUUCCAAGGUUAA